AUGAGGCUCUUUAUAAAGAAGGUGGGUGCCCGAGUCAAAGCAAUUGCUUGGGGACGGCGCCCCAAGCGACUGGCGAUGCAAUUAAGGAGGCAUGGUAUCCCAGGCGACGCGACACAAAAGUUGACGCGUGACGCAGGAAGCAGAGGGCGCAGAGAUGUGCUGAGGUCACAGAGAUGUGCUGAGGUAGAAGCACAGAGAUGUGCUGAGGUAGAAGCACAGAGAUAUGCUGAGUGUCAUACGAGAAGCCUCCACGUCCAUGGGCCUCAGCCCCAAGCUGACCUCCUGCUGGUGGAUCACCGCCCGUCCGCCGGCGUGGAUGCAGAAGUGCUCGAACGCCCUCUUAAAGUCUGGCACUUUCGCUGCCGCCUUCGCCCCUGCCCCUGCCCCUGCCCCUGCCCCUGCCGACUUGCUCGCCAAGAGCCUCAGCUGCUCGCUCAUCGGCAGCACCCGCCGGCCCAGCGCCGCGAUGUUGUCGCGGAGCGCUGUGGCCGACACGGGCAUCAACUCCUUCGACAGAGCCACGCCCAUGUUCCCCUCCUCGUCCUCCUCCUGGAACACGCAGCGGCAGGCCCUGUCGUCGCCGCCGUGGUGCGUGCGCACCACGUGGGUCAGCUUAUACGUGGCGCGGCCUCUCUCCGCUCGUCAGUUCGACAGCAGCACGGCGGCGCCGCCCACCCGGAAGAGGCAGUUAGGGACCGGCAUCGGGCGGCGGCGACCGAUGUACCAGUUAUGCGUGAUGUUCUCGGUGCUGACCACCACCGCAUACGCCUCACGGUCGCGCGCGAGGUGGACGGCGAUGAGGCCGGCUCUGCAGCCCACGCCGCUGAGGUUGAAGGUGCGUAUGUUAGAACGGAGGCUGUAGUGGUUGACGAUCAUGGACGAGAUGGAGGGGGUGGGGUUGAAGCGGCUGCAAUUGACGACGUGCACGUUGACGUCGCAGGGGUCGAGGGCGGUGCGGGCGAAGAGGGAGUCGAGGGCGCUGAAGACGACCUGCUGCUUCUCUUCGCGCUCGCGGGCGGCUGCCAUGGACGGACAGGGAGGCACCUGGUGCAGAGUCGGCGGGAUGUAUGCCUCGUCGCCGAGGCCUGAGCGCGCGAGAACCUUGAGCUGGAACGCGAUCGUCUCCUCGUCGUACUUCCCGCAUGGGAUCGACAGCUCCUCCAGCUCAUUGAAGGAGAUUUUGAACUCCGGCGGAGGCAGGUGGCAGGCGAAGUCCACCAGGUAGACCGCGAGCGGCCGCCGCAUUGCGAGAUACAUCAGCAUCAUGGAGAACGGGACUAGGAGCAACAGCAAAAGGAGUUGGCCGCGGUGAACUCUGUUGCCCCAUCGAAAGCAGAGCUCAAGGAGCCACUCGAGCUUCGCCGGCGUCAUCGCCACGGAGGCUAAGGAGAGGAGCAUGGAGACGAUGAAGUAGCAGUAGGCCAGAUUGGCGUACGGCUUAAAGCUCGACGCUUGCUUCUCCUCCAUGGACGAUUUGUUUCCGCCUCUGUGUUGAUCGCUGCAAAUGGAUUUGAUCGUUUCGAUGAUCGGAGUGAUCGCACAGGUCGAAUAGAAGAGGAAUUUGGCAACGGAAUCGAGGAAUGCGCGCGGUGUGUUUUUGAUUCGCCGGGGGAAAACCCCAAAAAAGAAGCAGAGUCCCAACAGUAAGGGCCAGCAUUUUGUUAUUUGAGCGACAACAAGAGCGUGAUCUUCUCUUCUUGUGAGAUGGCUCACAGACUUGCCUGGUUCGGGUCUAGCCCGGCUUGACCGAGUACUCGU